CCUGUGCGUCGAUUACAGAUAUCGCGAGAGCGGCUGUUGGGGUUAGCAGCAGGCUGAGGGAGAGACGGGAGAGAAGGUAAGCGGAGGAGGCUGCAUCAUGGCGGACAGAGACAGCGGUAGCGAGCACGGAGGAUUUGCCACAGGCCCCAGCGGCGGCCCGAUGCACCAGGGGCCGAUGGGCGCCUCGUCGCGGCUCCAGCAUGACACGGAGGAGCUGGCGUCGAAGCGCGUCGACAUCCAGAACAAACGCUUCUACCUGGACGUGAAGCAGAACGCCAAAGGCCGCUUUCUGAAGAUCGCCGAGGUCGGGGCUGCGGGAAACAAGAGUCGCUUGACUUUGUCCAUGUCAGUAGCCGUGGAGUUCCGAGACUACUUGGGCGACUUCAUCGAGCAUUACGCACAGCUGGGGCCCAGCCACCCGGACACGGUGCAGGACGAGCCGCGGCGCGCGCUCAAGAGCGAGUUCCUGGUGCGGGAGAACCGAAAGUACUACAUGGAUCUGAAGGAGAACCAGAGGGGGCGGUUUCUGAGGAUACGACAGACGGUGAAUCGGGGCCCCGGCUUGGGCGCUGCGCAAGGCCAGACCAUCGCUCUCCCGGCGCAGGGGCUCAUCGAGUUCCGCGACGCUUUGGCCAAGCUCAUCGAUGACUACGGCGUGGACGAGGAGCCGGCGGAGCUGCCCGAUGGCACGUCUCUGACGGUGGACAACAAACGCUUUUUCUUCGACGUGGGCUCGAAUAAGUAUGGCGUGUUUAUGCGGGUCAGCGAGGUGAAGCCGACGUACCGCAACGCCAUCACGGUGCCGUGCAAAGUGUGGUCCAAGUUCGGCGCCACGUUCUGCAAAUACGCGGACGAGAUGAAGAAGAUUCAGGAGAGGAGCAGGGAGAGGAGGGCGCGCGAGCUCUUACCGGAGGGCCUGCAUGGCGAUGACGGCGACGAGGAUUAAUAAACGUGACGUUCAACAGCUACUACAAGGAUGAAAGGAUGAAUGACCGCGUAGACAAAAAAAAAAAAAGAAAAAAAGUUUAGUGUAAAAGAAAAAUAAAAGGCGCGCUGGGAGAUUCAAAGCAAAAGGAUCGUCACGCACGCAACACUCACAAAUUUACAGUUGCAUCACUUCGCUCAUCGACCGGUUUAUUAUCCACUUUACUCAACCAUUCAACAGUCAGCCGCUGCUAUCAAUAACACGAUCCACGAGCUGUGUCCGAGACGCGCAGAAUGUCACAGGUCGGAGUGUGUCUGUCUGCCCAUGCGUUUUUUGUACACGUCCAAGCUAUCACACGAUACUGUUCCAAAGUGUUGCAAAAUGAAAAGAAGAAGCCAAGAAGGAAAAAAACAAACAAAACAGAAAUACUGAGACUUUCUAGCACAAAGCUACUGUGUUUGGGAAUAUCUGAACCACAUUUUUAAUCUGAUGAAAACAAGCAAAUCUCCGUUUGAAGGUACGUUUGGGAUGAAGUGCUCUGUGUAUUGUUGCUCAGCGCACAGUCCAUCUGCUGAACAGAUCUCAGUCCCGACCAACCCGAGGCAUCCGAGGACCUCAUGCACUUGGAGGCUACUCAUAUGCCUUUGAAAUCAGAAAGAAGAUCGUAUUAGCUCGUCAUGCAACAUUUCUCUCUCUCUCUCUCUCUGUCUCUCUCUCUCUUUCUCUCUCUCUUUUUUUUUAACUCCAGAUUUAGUCAGGAGAAUACCAACAUAGUAAAGUCGGGUGUCGGAGAGACUAUUAUACUUUUAUUUCUAUUAAAUCUACCAACCCUAUUGCACCAGGAGCAGCAAAAUCCGCAGUGUCAAAGCCACAGUGCUCAUUUUAAAUCCUCUGGACACAAAUGGGCAUGGUGGAAAUAUCCAGCGCUGGGGAUUCUGCUGUGUGCCCAUUGCCCUUUGGGCACGUUUCAUUAAAAGUGCUAACUUAGAAAUACAAAUUUAUGAUUUUGUGAAUCAGAUGUAUUUAGAUUCUUAUUAAAAAUACCCACGUUUUCUGUGGGAUUUUCUUUCUUUUUUUCUGUUUUUCGGGGGCGGUGGUGGUAGUGGGGGGUACUUAAAAAAGAAAUAAAACCAAAUAAAAAAACAAAACAAAACAAAAAAACAAGGAGCUGUUCCACUACUGUGAGCAUGCGCAGAUGUGUGGUGCCCCUGCACGGCACGCCCACUACAACGUCCGAAACCAACCUGGUGCCUUAAUGCUCGCCACACGUUUACAUGCUUUUACGUGUCAUGCGCUUUUGGUCGCUGUCCGUCUUGCUCGUCACAACAUCCCUGUCGCUGUGCCACUUGUGGUGCUUCUAAAGGACUUUUUAACAAGCCAAACUCUAAAGAGGCUCACGGGUUUCUCUCCUCUCUGUGUUCACCUGGAAACACAGAUGAUGAUGACCACGAUGAUGACGUUGAUGAUGAUGAUGGUGGCGACGAUGAUCAGGAUGAUACAGUGCUUAUGUAAACAUGGAUUUGGUUCUACAUAGGCUGUGGAGGUUUGCUCGUUGUGCUCCUUAUUAAAAAAAGUUCUUUGUUAAAAUAAAUUAUAUAUAAAUAUAUAUGUGUGUGUGGAAGUGGUUAGGGAGAAUCUUCCUGUCUGUGGCUCCAGCCCUGUGUUUUGCUCUUUGGGAUUGUGUGAGUAGAAUUAGGGCAAAGGCGAUAGCCUGUGUGUUUUUUGUUUGGUGCUAUUAAACUUCACUCACUGGUUUAUCGGUUUUGUCGGUCACGCAAAUCUGCAUCAAACUAAAUUAUCAACUGCAUGCCACAUAUUGCUGUUUCAGGUUCUAAUAAAAAGCAUAGCGCUAAUGUUUUAGCCAGGUUCACCAUAAAUUGGAAAUGGUUAAUGAGUUUACCAGCUGAGAGUAGCCAGGUGGUCCUAGGGAAAAAAAGUGAUUCAGGAAAACAAUAAAUAAAGGGGCUGAGUGCGUUAACCAGCCCAUGAGCUUGUACUGGAACUCCUGGGUGACACAUCUCAUGCAUUAUUGUAGUUUAUGUGCCAAGACCGGCAUUCUGGAAUUCUUUCUGUGUGGUGUGGAUACAGCAUUGUAUCUAACCUAGAUAUGUGUGAACGCAUGAAAAUGAUUUUUUUUUUUUUAUCGCUAAAUUUGUGAUUCUUCCGACUGUUUCCUGCUGCUAAGGUCAAAGGUUGAUCUCCAUUGACCAUAUGCAGAACAUGAGCUAUUUUUGCUAGAUGCUUAACAGCCAUGUGUCCUGUGUCUCGUGUGACGUUAAAGGCUGUCGAUGUCACGUCGAGAGGUUGUGAAGCGUUUGGUUGCUCAUUUCUCUCUUUUAAUGGCACAAUGCUUCCUGUAUUGAGUCUUGAAUAUUUAUUUGAAUAUUUUAUUAUAAGAAAAAUUAAUAUACAUUUUUAAAAUAAAAUCUCUUAAUAUAGGACAGAUUGCCGCUAUUCGUAACAAUGGCAAGAUAAAUGUUCUUUUGUUAGUGCAAGAAAUCGAGAGAUUUGACAGCUGGUGUUUAUGCGGUACCUGGGAGAAAGAGAAAUGCAGCCAGGCUUGCUAACAGUCUUAUGUUCAGUAAAUCUUUAAGCACCACAACAGCCUACUGACUUAGUGGGGUUUUCUAGCCGAGGACUCCCCUUUAUCAGGUCUGUACAAUCUUAUAGACAGUGUUAGUGCGAAGUUUCCGACCAAACAUGAGCAGCAGCCGAGAGUCUAAUUGGGUUACUGAGGUAAACUGAUUAAAAUGUGUGGCUGCUGAUUGGCUGGAACAAAAACAUUAUGUCUGGGGAUAAGAUUGAACAACCCAGGCCUAUGUGGUAUCCUUAACCUGCUUAGGAUGUGAGCACACAGGAGCACUUUCCUCUCUGCCCUCACCUCCUACCAUAACCCUCAGUCUGGUUAUGAGUAGUGUAGACCAUAUCUACUUAAGAAGAGGGCUUUGUUUCUAUACUUGAAGCUCUUUAAAUUCUUGUUUUUAAAAAUUUUCUAGUCCUCUUCACUCUCCUCGGGUGGUCAAGCUAAUCGUUUCCUAUCACUGCCCUGAUCUGAUUACCAGACAUUUCGAUGUGUGCCACAAAUGCGAUGACCUGACCAGUCAGUUUAAGCUUCUUGUUCGUACAUAAGGCACUAACACAACUUAAAACUGGAAAUAAAAAAACGAGCUCUUCAGUCUCGAAAGACGAUUCCCGGAAAGGAUCAUUACAAUCCUAAACAAAUUACAAAUGUACAGAUUGUUUUGCACUUAAAAGAUGCCUCUGUCACUCAAAGGCACAUGCUUGUGUAAGAGGCUUAUUCAAAAAAAAAAACAAAAAAAAAAAAAACUAUGGUCCAUUCUAAAGGUGCUACUGCGUACUAAAUGGCUCUGUGAUUUCACUUUCUGCCUGUACAAUUGGCAGUGUUCCACCAAGAGUGUUCAACGUCACUCGGUCAACACCAGCAAAGUUCCAGCUUUGCUUCCAAUCCACAGAGCGCUGUUUGCUAAAACGUGUACCAGCACUGUGGUAAUUAUUGUUAAAGAGCAAAACACACACACACACACACACACAUGCGGAGUACACAUACAGUAAUGAAUCCUGAUUGGUACUUCAUGUGUGAGGUGGGAAACCUGAGUUAAGUUCAACAUAGUCUCCUGUUAGUGGUGCUUCUUUUAUUGUUGUCGGUCUAUAACUAUCAGAAUGUCUUUCUUAACAUUAUCGCUUGAUAGCUGUUUGAUUAAUUAAAGUUCUCAUGUAUGCACAGUUAAAAAUCAGACUCAAACCCAGAAUAUACAGAACACCACCAAUAAAGAAACAAGUAAGAUGCAGCAAACUUUAACAACCCAUUAGCGCCUGUGUGUGUGUGUGUGUGUGUGUGUCUGUGUGUGUGUGACAUGUAUGCGUGCAGUCGCAUGUGUGAUUUGCUUGUUAGUUCUAAUGUUAUGGUUCUGACCUAUCACAAGCUUAGGACCUUGACCAGAUCUGUUUAGCACAUAUAUGUUUGCAUAUUUCUAUCUUUUUACAUACAAAAAAGUAUAGGAUAUGGGUUCAAAACCUCAUUUGGAAAAUAGGUUUGGGUUUAGAAUGAUAGGAAUCAAGAGUAAAUAUAAAGGAGAAUCCCACAUUUUCCAUUGUUCAUCCAUGUUUUCUUCUCUAUAAAAUGUGUUGUAAUGAAAAGAUUAAAUAUAUGACAUGUAAUGUGUGUGUAUAUAUGGUUUGUUACAUAUGAUGCUCCUCUUUAUGAAAAAAAGAUAUAAAACCUAUAUAUAUAUAUAUACAGGAAAAGCAUAUUGCUGUUUUAUUUCCUUUGUAUUUUAUACUUACAGAAAGCAUUGAAUCAAAUGGAUAAAUACUUGCACUUUAAAUAUAUUAAGAAAAAUAAAAAGUCUGCAUAUUAUUUUUGAUAGGAGAUCUCACAUUUAAAACAAGUAUAACAUUACUUUCCAGGCUUUGUGACAAUUGCUGUUGGCCAGAGAUGUAUGUUCUUCUACUUAUUGAAGUCUAUUUUGUCUGUGUUACAGAAGGUUUACUAAAGUCAAUUGCAUGAUGAAGUAGUAGUGCACCAACUGUUCUUUUAUUUAGUUGGUUAAAAUGUAAGAUGAAAAAAAAACUGUGAUGAUUGCGCUCAUGUAUGUAUCCAUGUUAAACUUCAGCCAACCUUUUUAGAAUCAGAUUUAUUUCCUGCCUUCCUUCUAACACAAAUAUGGUGCUUACAUUGGCUUAGAAAAAGUACCUCUCAUCCAACUCUUCGUCAUCCACCUCCAUGUUCUGUACCCCGCACACAUCCUUUUGCUGUUUGUGUAUUCUCACAAGUUUAUUGAAUUUCUGUUAUUGGUAUCCAGUGUGUUUUUUGUACAGGUACGUAACUUGUUGCUGAGUUGGAAAGCCUGUUUUCUUUCUUUUCUUUUUUUUGUCUGAAAAUGACUAAUUGCAAUAAAACCUCCAU